GGAAGCUUCACUUUUGUUGUGGAGCGUAGCGUAACGCCCUCUGGUGAGAGAUUGGCGCGGUGUAGUCUAGCCAGGUACAUCCAACCGAGAAAUAAGUUAGAGCGGUCCAUUUGUUAAAUGCCUUUCAAUGCAUGACAAUGUGCUCAGGUAUAACUGACUAACUGUUGGUCAGAAUUACGACUAUUACAAACAGAGAUGGACGAUGACAAGCCACCCUCUCCAGUCUACGUAACAAAGAAUCGAGUGGAAGCUAAAGAAUACUUCUUCAGGCGGCCUGAAAGUUCUUUUGGAUCGUGCCUGAUAAUAAACAUACCUGAAACUCGGAAGAAAAUAACUGGCGGCACUUUCAUCAGGAAAUUUCGCACAGGAUACGAGGCAGAAGUAAAAGAGCUGGAAUUUAGAUUUGGAUAUGACAGUUAUUAUACAGAAAUCCAAAACGGAGAAAACGUUAUUGGUGAAGUAGACAAAUACAUAGAGCGAAAAGUAAAAGAUGAUGAAGAAGGAAACUUUAAAUCAAAUGACAUUUUCGUAUGUGUGGUGUUAGCAUUUGGAGGACCAGGAUUUUUCUAUGACCCAAAUGGAAAUAAAAUUCCUCUGUCCAGAGUUGUUCAGAAAUUCCAGUCUUGUGCAGGUCUUUUACUUAAGCCAAAGAUAUUCAUUGUUCAGACAUGUAGCAUUGAUCUAAGACCCAUAGGAAAGCAUUUAUUUGAUGAAGGAAUGGAUAAAGACAUGAAAAGAGGUCUUUGGCCACGAGAGGCAGACGUCUUAAUCUAUGAGUCGAAUAUUUCAGGAGAAUAUGAUUGGCAUCCAGGUCUGAUAAAACAUGACCCCAAGAAGUUUAAAGGUGUACCAGGUCUGAAGUCCUGCACCUUCAUCAAAAUGUUUUGUGCGACUUUGAAGGAAAAAGAAAAGAUCAUGAGAAAAAUAGAAAAAGAGAAAAGGGAAAAAGAGGAAAUGAAAGAAAAAGAGGAAAUGAGAAAAGAAGACAUUAUGAAAGAAAUGAGAGAUGAAGAGAAAAGAAAAAAAGAGGAAAUGAGGAUCGAAUUCAAAGAAGUUAUUUUGGGAACUAAUUUAAAGUUACAAAAGUUCAUAAAUAACAAAAUGAGCUGGGAUUUACAGGAGGGAACAUGGAGCUCAUCUCCCAGGUUACCGAUAGUAACAGACCAACUAACCAAAUCGCUGUAUGUUCCUCGCUAUUAAGGACGAGAAGUCACCUAGUGAUAACUGUCAAACUGCAAUAAUCUCCAAUAAUCACCAAAACUCUAACCAUACAUGACAUCGGAUUCUUUUUCAAAACUUUUGUAAAUAUCUUAAAGAUAAGAUGAAAGAUUUGGUAUUUACAUGUGAAUAUUGGAAAUGAAUAAUAUCACGAGCAAAAUGAAAAUGUGAACAUAUGUUGGAUUGUCGUAUAAUUGUGAUGAGAAGGUACAAAGUUUAUUAUUCAAAUUUCCUUUACAAAGCUAUAUAUCCUAAAAUUUGUAAAUAUCUAAAGAGAAAUAUGACAUGUUGCUGUCAAUUUUAAUUGUUUUUGACUAGUCGUGGUCAUUAAAUUUUCUUAUUAUGUCCAAGGAAAGGGUAUUUCAUAGAGAGAUAUUUCUGCUAUUAAUCUAGGUAUAUAUAUUUAUAUAUUGCUUACAAAACCUUUUCAAAAACAAAUCCAUGAUUGAAUGCAAGAUCAAACACUAUACAACAUUGCUAUUGAAUUAUCAUUUACCGUCCACCAACUAGUUUGCAGAACUUAGGUUUUUGUUUUGUGAACUUUCAAAUAAUUCCUGCAUUAAAGAUGUCAUAUAAUUUUUAGCUCACCAGAGCUUUCUGAUCACCUUUUGUCCAUCGGUCUGUAAGCUUUUCACAUUUUCAUCUCCUCCAGAACCACUGGGCCAAUUUCAAUCAAACUUGGUACAAAUCAUCCUUGGAUGAAUUGAAUUCAAGUUUGUUCAUAUUCAGGGCCCCUUUCACAAAAUGCAAAAUAGGAUGGGGUCUUCUAAAAAUCUUCUCAAGAACCACUGGGUCAAAAUGUUUUUAAUUUACGUGAAAACUACCUGAUAUAGAGUAGAUCUAAGUUUUUGCAAAUCUUGGUGCUCAGGGUUGGGUGGGGCCAUAAUAGGGGAUCAAAGGUUUACAUUUAGAUAUAUAGGGAAAAAUUUUAACAUUUUUUCUCUCAAGAACCUCUGGGUCAGAAAAGUGGAAAUUUACUUGAAAGCUUCCUGACAAAGAGUUAAUGCAAGUUUGUUCAAAUCUUGAUCCCUGGGGGUAGGGUGGGGUUGCAAUAGGGGAUCAAAGUUUUAUGUGCUAAUAGGAAAAAUAUAAGUUGAACUAUUUAUACAUUCUUUAUGCCAAGACCUUUCAUGUAAUGCAAUGAUGUGUUCUCUUGUGACCUAGCUGGAAGUUUGAUCUUCUUUUAAUGUUUCAUAUCAUACCAUGAUCUGUGACCUUGUGACCUUGGUCUUAUCCAGAACAGCAAGAUCAUGUUAGUGAUAUUGGUGUUGAGGCAUCUCCGUGUUAUGCGAAUUCAUUUUCAGUUAUGUUGUGAUCCUAUGAGGCUAUGUUAGGGGUCACAAUAUGGGGUCAAAAAUUUUCAUGGGAAUAAAGAUUGAUAAAGUCUUUUAAACUUACAACAGCUGAACAAUGAUGGGGCCAAUGUGACUCAGGUGAGCAAUGUGGUCCAUGGACUUGUUAGUUUCAAAGAAUAUUUGAGUAGUAUAUCUAAUAAUGUACAUCAAACACAGUGAAUGUGAAAAAUAUGUUAAUAUUUGUAAAGUAAUUGAAUUCAUAUAAUAAAUCAUAUGCACAUUA